AUGUCACAACUUUAUUUUUCAGUAUGUUGUCAUGAUUUAAGACCUGUUGUUAAUGAAGAAGCACACAAUAAAUGUCAAAGCAAUGAAAGUAUUUUGUUAGAACUAAAUGAGUCUAAAACAGUACUUGAGAAUAUCGAAGAAUCAUACUAUGAGAAAAUGUUUAAAGGUGGAAGCAAGCUUAUUAACACGCGGGAAAUUACAGAAAAGUUAUCUGAAAUUGAUAUUCCUGAUGACUUUAUUUUUUUUAAAAAAAAGAUUUUGUGUAUGCAAUUUCUUCAUAAGAAAUUUUUACUUGACGAUGAACAAUCAUGA